UGGUCCGCUAAAUGUGGCCCACUCUUGUCUCUCUUCGCCGAUCGCUUGCUUGUUCGGCCUUCCAUCACAAGCCAUAGCCAUUAAAGCCAGCGGCCUUUUUCGUGUUUGCGAUACGCGCCAAUGCACAUUGUCGGCCCUCUCCGUCACUCCCUUCUCCUCUGAAGCGCUGCUCUGACUUUUAGCAAUGCCGGAGUUGGGGUUUCAGGAGCGAUCCUUGUCCAGGGACUGCAGCCCCGACUCUGUCAUCUUUACUCUUGAAUCUAACUUCAGUCUCUUCUCCUCUGCUUCCGCCAGUGUCGAUCGCUGCUCCUUUGCAUCUGACGCUCAUGACCACGACUCUCUCGCCUCUGAAACCUCCCUGCAAUUGGCAGUGCAUGGUGGUGAUUUUUCUCCCACCGAGAAUUGGAGUGGUCCAGAUCCGGAUCCGGAUCCAAACAAAUACGCAGCAAACAAGACGCAUAGUCGCAUCAUAAGAGAGGAAGGAAAAGCAAAAGCUCAAAAGGAAUACAACAAUGCUGACGACGUUGAAGACGGUGAUCAACGCUUGGAAUUGGACUCCGCUAGAAACUCUUUCUCCCUGGCCCUUAAAGAAUGCCAAGAUCGGAGAUCAAGAUCUGAAGCUUUGUUGAAAAAGGCAGACCGGCGGAGGCCUGCUUCUUUAGAUCUGAAUAAUGCAACCGGAUCUUCACCUCGACUGGGAACCAUGAAGAAGAGUGCAGUAUCAACUCGCAAGUCUAACAACUUCCCUAGUCCUGGAACACCGAAUUAUCGGCAUGCUGGUAUGGUAAUGCAGAAGGGUUGGAGUUCUGAGCGAGUUCCUUUGCAUACUAGUGCUACCAGGAAGCAAGUCAGUGCGUCUCUGUUGCCUUUAAAUAAUGGAAGAACAUUGCCAUCAAAAUGGGAGGAUGCUGAGAGAUGGAUUUUCAGCCCUGUUUCAGGAGAUGGUAGGGGGAGGUGUUCCCUUCCACCGCCCCAGAGGCGGCCGAAGUCAAAGAGUGGUCCACUUGGCCCCCCUGGAGUUGCGUAUCAUUCGCUCUAUUCACCGGCAGUGCCCAUGCUAGAAGGGGGAAAUGCUGGAAAUUUCAUGGCAGGUUCUCCAUUCACAGCCGGUGUUAUCCGAGCCGAUGGAUUGACAAUCCAUUCCAGUAGCCAUGGUGGAGUGCUUCCGACUCGAGCAGAUCCUUGCAUGGCCCGUUCGGCUAGUGUGCAUGGAUGCUCUGAGAUGCAGAAUCAGUCAUCCUUGUCUUCCCAAGAAGAAAAGUUCGAUGGUUCUAAAGAUGCGGCCACCGAUGUAUCUCGUGCUGUUUCGAGGAGGGACAUGGCCACCCAGAUGAGUCCAGUGGGGAGUUCAUGCUCUUCUCCCAGUAUGAGGGCUUCUUUUUCUGUCUCCACCACACCUGUGCUGCCCAUGAUGGAUUUGCAGAGUUCCUCUCCUAAUAUGGAUAUUAGGGAUGUGCAGAUAGAUGAACGCGUCACCAUGACAAGGUGGUCCAAAAAACAUAGAGCCCUAUUCACGGGCAGAGGCUUGGAAACUAUUGGCAAUCGGAAAAGGAAUGAAGUAAGUGCCCAGUCUUCAGCCUGGGAUGUUUCUGAAACUGCAAAGAGUGUUUCCAAGGUCAAGAGGGAAGAAGCUAGAAUCACUGCAUGGGAGAACUUGCAGAAGGCGAAAGCUGAGGCAGCAAUGAGGAAACUAGAGAUGAAGUUGGAGAAGAAAAGAUCAUCUUCUAUGGAUAAGAUUAUGAACAAGCUGAAAUCGGCUCAAAAGAAAGCUCAGGAAAUGAGAAGCUCAGUUUCCGACAGCCAGGGCCAUCAAGUUGGCAGAAAUUUCCACAGGGCUUUAUCUUUCCGUAGACCCAGUCAGAUGGGUUCUCUGAGUGGUUGUUUCACCUGCCAUGCCUUUUGAUGCAUCAUCCGACGCUGUUUAUUUUACUGUACAUGUGAUGCUGGGUGUAAGCUGCUCAACACCUUUUCGUAUAAAUUUGAAAAGUUUUUAUUUUUGUCA